UCCGUACAUUAUAUUUACAAAGUAUUUUCACUAUAACAAAAGUAGUUUACUGCAUUGUUAAAAUGACUGCUAAAAAUUUCAUCAUAUCAAUUGUUGUAAUAGCAAUUAUUGCAUGUACAGUUUCCGGACAGAGUCAUCAUUGGAGUCAAGGUCAAAAACAACUUGGUGAUCGUCUUCUUACACGUCAAAUUGUACAAAAAUCUGCAGCAACCUUUGGUGGUAAAGUAACUAAAGAUAUUCGAUAUCCUGCAAAAGGUGAUGGCUACGAAAUAAUUAAUUUCAUCAAUGCAACGGAUCAAUAUGUUAAUGGAGAAGGUGGAUAUGUUACACUUUUGGAAGGUGGAGUUGGGACAAGAGCUGUAAAAUUACAUUUUAAAUCACAAGCAGGACAUGGAUUUAAUUUUAUCUUAGAUAUUUAUGGACACUAAAUGUUGAGAAUUUAUGUCGCAGUCUUUAUUUCUAAUAAAUAAUUUAUUUUUUCAAGUA